AGUCGGCGAGAGACGUAUCUCACUAUCGUGUACCGUAACUCAUAAGCGUUAACGUACGUGCAACGAUUGUCCCACGCGUUAUCGUUUCGCGUCAGUCACCGUGUUCCGUGGUAUAAUAAUAAUAAAUCCGAAACCUAUUCGUUGGAUCUAAUAUUUCAUUCUUACCCACCAUUACCCUCUCUCACGACAAGCCACGAACACCGGAUGAUUAAUCGCGCCGCUAUUCGGUCAUCAGGCAUUCGCUAUCGUCCGCACGUCCUACCAACGACGACGUCCGAUCACACUAUCAGUGGCGAGUGAUAGAGAACCGUUUAAUUUCAUACUACGACUGCUUACCAGUUUUUGUGCACCGACUACUACGUUAAUUUAUUAUUACUAUUAUAAUUAUAUCACGCACACGCACACGUUUAUCGAAUUCGUACGUGUAACGUCGAAUUAUCAUCUUUAUUAUUAUUAUUUAUCUGUGUCCGCGUCGAUCGUUUCCGCCGGAGAGCUGAUAACCGAUAAUUAAUCAACAAACUCGGUGUCCGGUGACCGUAGCGUAGUAACCGUGUGAAAUUAGGUUAUUUCGCGUAGUUGUUUUCCGUCCGCCUCUGUGCACUUGUUCAACGCACCGUCGAGAUUCCUGUCCGGUUUCGUUGUUCCAUCAUCAGUAGGAGUUGAUCAGCGUUAUUUUUUACGACCUUUAUUUGAAAUACCAAUCGCCAUGGCUAUGGAAGGAGAGGAGCUCAUCUCGGAUCAGGAAAAGGUCAGAAUUGUUUCAGAUUUCAUCUUACAUUCACCUCCAGGCGAAUUCAAUGAAGUAUUCAAUGAUGUUCGAGGCCUAGUUAACAAUGAUGCUCUUCUUAAAGAAGGAACAUGUUGGGCAUUUGCCUUAUACAAUAAAGAACAAACAUUACCUGUUAAGAUAGAAAACAGUGAAUAUCCGGUGCUUAUUACUCAAUUUAAUGAUCUAGGAUCUAGUAGAUUUUAUGAUCCUAGAUCUAAACAAUCAUUUAAGUUUGAUCAUUUAAGAAAAGAACCAUCAAACUAUGAGAAAGGACUUACUGAAAUGAUGGAUAAUUUGGAUGCAUGUGAUGCAAAAUUUUAYCCAAGCAUAAAAUAUUGGCAGUUUUGCCUGUUUCUACAACAGAAGUUAAACGUUCAUUUUCAACACUAA